GUCCUCGUCCCCCUGGCCCCGCACCUCCUGUGCACGUGCUGGUACGCCCGGGAGCGCUUCGCAAAGUCCAUGCGCAGCGGAGGCCAGCAGAUGGACGAGGAGGUCAUCCAGGGCAUCUGGAGCAAGUUCGUGUGGCAGCUCUACGUGAAGCGCGGUGUUGCCAGCGCCACGCUGGCGCUCUGCCACCGCAUUCCGUGGUUCGGCCUGGAGGGCAUGUUUAAG